ACUCGCUCUAUUUUUUCUCCUUUCUUCGCUCCUUCUUUCCAAACAGGGAGACGUGUUCCCGGAGGUAGCGCCUUCCGCCGCUCCCCGCCCGGGCUCCGCUCCCAUCUGGGCGCGGGCCGGGGCGCCGAAGCCCCCGCGGCGGCACAGGCCGCCCGCCCCCCGCCGCCCCGCAGCCUCGCCGCGCUCCGCCGGGAUGGCCCCGCUCCUGCUCUGGCUGGUGUCCUGCUGUGUGGGCGCCUCGGCGGCUUACACUGAGAUCAAGAAGGUGGCGGAGGAGAAGGUCACCCUGCCCUGCCACCACCAGCUGGGCCUCCAAGAGAAGGGCGCCCUGGACAUCGAGUGGCUGCUCACCGACAGCAAAGGGAGCCAGAAGGCGGUGAUCACGUACUCCGGCCAUCACGUCUACGAUAACCUGACUGAGGAACAGAAGGGCCGAGUGGCCUUUGCGUCCAAUUUCCUGGCAGGAGAUGCUUCCCUGCAGAUCGAGUCUCUGAAGCCCCGAGAUGAGGGCCUGUACACGUGCAAGGUGAAGAAUUCGGGGCACUACGUGUGGAGCCAUGUCGUCUUAAAAGUCCUAGUGAGACCAUCGAAGCCCAAGUGCGAGCUGGAAGGGGAGCCGCGGGAGGGCGGUGACCUGGCUCUGCAGUGUGAGUCGUCCUCGGGCACGGAGCCCAUCGCGUAUCACUGGCAGCGCGUCCGGGAGAAGGAGGGGCAGGAGGAGCGCCUGCCGCCCAGAUCCAGGAUCGACCACAGCAGCCCGGGCCGCGUCCUGCUGCAGAACCUCACGGCGGCCUCCUCGGGACUCUACCGGUGCACGGCGGACAACGAGGCGGGGAAGGAGAGCUGCGUGGUGCGAGUCACUGUGCAGUACGUGCAGAGCAUCGGCAUGGUGGCGGGAGCAGUGACGGGCAUGGUGGCCGGGGUCCUGCUGAUCCUCCUCUUGGUGUGGCUGCUUGUCCGAAGGAAAGGCAAAAAGCGACACGAGGAAGAAGAGAGACCGAAUGAAAUCCGAGAGGAUGCCGAGGCCCCGAAAGCCCGCCUGGUGAAGCCCAGUUCCUCUUCUUCCGGCUCCCAGAGCUCCCGCUCCGGCUCUUCCUGCACGCGCUCCACAGCCAACAGCGCCUGCCGCAGCCAGCGGACACUGUCCCCGGAGGCAGCGCCCCGGCCAGGGCUGGCCACCGGCACGUUCAGACUGGGGGGGCCAGAGGCCAGAGGCCCUGAACCAAAGAGAGGGCAUCACACUCCCCUGGCCAAGGCCCAAAGCACCGCCGGCCGGCUCCCCGGCCAGAGCCGGCCCCUCCAAACUGUCUAACGGCCCUGGACUCCGACUCCCAGGCUGCCCGGGAGUCAGCAGCUUAGGACUUCUCUAGUCACUGCAGUUCAGCCACCAGCCUCACAACCCCGAUGCGAUUCCUAGGCGAGGUCACUCCUGGAGCAGGAGCAGGGCGUGGAGCCGGUUCUAAUGCGCCUUCUCCUUCCAGGACGCCAAGCAAGGGAAGGGAUGUCAGCUGGCGUGUCCGCCGGGGCUUUGGACAGGAGUGGGGGGAGCGAGUCUAGUCUGGUCAUCUGUGGACCAGACCUGGGGAGAGGAAGGGGAGGAAGGGGAGGGAACCCACGUGAACUUCUCACUGAGAUGUUUUGUAUCAAUACUUCAAUUCGCGAUUGUCAAGAAGAAAUGAGUUGUUCACAAAUGUUCUACGCCUUUCUGCAAACCUACUGAAUUACUGUGAUUACCCAGAGUCCAGCAGAACCCACAGCCUUACUCCACACCUUUCCACACCAGGGACUGGUAUGUAGCUUCUGAGAAACUCCAAAAAAGGAAGUCUCUUCUAGUCUGUCUUGAUCUCAUUUACAUAAAGUUUGGAUAUGAAUUUCAAGAGGAACUGAAAUAAUGGGAGAUGGAGAACCAUUGAGUUUCUCCCACUCUAUCCAGCACUAAGUUUCUUCUAUUGGGCCAUUAGAGCACUAAAAAGGAGUCCAAAAUGUGAGACAAGGGAUUAUGAAAACCUUUAGUCUUGAUGGUCAGAGGGUCACUGACAAAUACCAGAAAUGUAAGCUGGAACGAUUGUGGGUUUUCCCUCCAAUCAGAGGUCUCCACUACUUCCCUGCUGACUCUCUGGAACAAGGAAGCAUUCACUAUGUGUCACUAACAAGGCCCUUAAGACGAAGUCUUACAGCGGGAGAGAGAUCUUUGAGAGAUGCUGAAAGUCCAUCUGGUGUACAGUAUAGUCUUUCUGAGAACACACAAAACCAGAAUUUCAAGACUGACUGGGUUAGAGGGAGAUUAGGUCAAUUUUUUUAAUGCCACAGAAUGGCAUAAGGAAGUUUAGAAUUGCACCAAACUUGGAGUUUCUCUGUUUCAUCUUAAGAAAAGGGUGUGAACCUGGGACUUCUGACAAUCCCAGGCUUUCUGUUAUCAGAAAGAUCAGGGAUUGCCAGCAUUUCCUACUGCACUGCAGGUAUGCCAAAGUCAUUCCUGCCUGAGAAGUUGGGACAGAGCGAAGUCCAGUGUUUUACCAGCUCAGCCACUAAGGAAAUGGAGUCAAUUUGCAGAAGAGAUGGGAGGGAUCUAUAGUGGGGUGAAUGCCUGUUGAUACCUGUGGGCAUCUUGGAAAGAUGGGCAGGAAUGAUUCACCAGGACAGCUCUCAGAAGAGCUGAUCCACGGGAGAAGGUCUG